AGGGCCCUACGCCUGCGCCAGAACGGCUGCCUCGCUCCCGGAAGUGGAGGGUCUACACUGAGUGCUGCUGGGUCUGAGUGACCGAACGCAGUAGCGCUCGCGGAGAUCGCCCGCUGGCCCCCGAUCACCAUGUCGGCCUUCGACACUAACCCCUUCGCGGACCCAGUGGAUGUAAACCCCUUCCAGGAUCCCUCUGUGACCCAGCUGACCAGUGCUCCUCAGGGUGGCCUGGCCGAAUUCAAUCCCUUCUCAGAGACAAAUGCAGCAACAACGGUUCCUGUCACACAACUUCCUGGGCCCUCCCAGCCAGCAGUUCUCCAGCCCUCAGUGGAGCCAGCACAGCCCACGCCCCAGCUCCUGCUUAGGCAGGCCAGCAAGUUUCUGCCUUCCCGAUUCCUGGCAGCGGGUGAGCCCUCAGAGAGGCAGAUGCUACUAGGAGGAGAUAGUAUUCCCAGGGACAGCUACAUGCGAAAGCUUCCGAAGGCUGUUGCAGCUGCAGCCCAGGCAGGCCUGCUUCGGCAGCAGGAGGAGUUAGACAGGAAAGCCGCUGAGCUGGAACGCAAGGAGCGCGAGCUGCAGACCACCGCGGCGAACUUACAUGUGAGAGACAACAACUGGCCGCCCCUCCCCGCGUGGUGCCCUGUCAAGCCCUGCUUCUAUCAGGACUUCUCCACAGAGAUCCCUGCCGACUACCAGCGGAUAUGCAAGAUGCUUUACUAUCUCUGGAUGUUGCAUUCAGUGACUCUGUUUCUGAACCUGCUUGCAUGCCUGGCCUGGUUCACCAGCAAUGCCGCAAAUGGGACAGCCUUUGGCCUCUCCAUCCUUUGGUUUGUGAUCUUCACCCCCUGUGCCUUCCUUUGUUGGUACCGACCGAUCUACAAGGCUUUCAGGUCUGACAACUCUUUCAGCUUCUUCGUGUUCUUCUUUGUAUUUUUUUGUCAAAUAGGGAUCUACUUCAUCCAGUUGAUUGGCUUGCCUAACCUGGGGACCAGUGGUUGGCUUGCAGCCCUGUCUACACUGCACGAUGGGCCCUUAGCCGUGUCCAUCAUCAUGAUGGUAGUGGCUGGCUUCUUUACCCUCUGUGCUGGGCUCUCACUCUUCCUCCUGCAGCGGGUUCAUGCCUUUUACCGCCGAACCGGAGCCAGCUUCCAGCAGGCUCAGGAAGAGUUUUCCCAAGGCAUCUUCAGCAACAGGACCUUCCGCAGUGCCGCCUCGUCCGCUGCCCGAGGAACCUUCCAGGGGAACUAGUCUUCCCGACGCUCCUUCCCUCACCCCAGCCUCUUCUGUCACCUGCCUUCUGAGCUGCACUUUCCGUGGGUGCCUUACACAGUGGUUCUGCCCAGCACAGACGUGGCAGGGAUUUUGUCUUGUCCCUGCCCCUUCCUCAGUAGUCAGCCCUCCCUUCCACAUAAGGGAAGGGAGGAAGGGACAGGGACAAGGGAAAAGGAAAAAUAACAAAGCUGUCUUUUCUUUU